CUGGAAUUUUUUUAAUUUACAUCAGCACUGAUUAUGUGUUUGAUGGAAGAAAUCCUCCUUAUGCAGAAAACGACAGCCCAAACCCAUUGAACGUUUAUGGGAAAACGAAACUAGAAGGAGAGAAAGAGGUCUUGCGACAUAAUAUAGGAGCUGCAGUUCUUCGAGUUCCUGUUCUAUAUGGUGAUGUAGAAAAAAUUGAAGAGAGCGCCGUCACUGUGACUUUCGACAAAGUUCAGAACAAUCUGGAAUCCUUUGCCAUCGAUCACUGUCAGCAAAGGUUCCCAACGUACACCAAGGAUGUAGCCAGAGUGUGCCGCCAGCUGGCAGAGAAGAGAUUACAAGAUUCAUCCAUAAGAGGCAUCUUUCACUUCUCUGGCAAUGAACAAAUGACCAAAUAUGAAAUUGCCUGUGCGAUGGCCGAUGCCUUCAACUUGCCCAGUAGCCACCUGAGGCCGAUAACAGAUCCACCGGUGGAGUCAACAGCUCUUCGCCCACACAAUGCUCAGCUGAGCUGUUCUCGCCUGGAGAAUCUGGGAAUCGGACAAAGGACGCCAUUUAAACAAGGCAUCAAAGAGUCACUCUGGCCCUUUUUAACUGAUAAAAGGUGGAGGCAAACAGUCUUCCAUUAGAAAAAAUAAAUUUAGCAAAGAAGUCA